AUGACUGACAUAAAUAAUGAACAAAUAAAGUCUCUUACACGUGAUCUUGCAUUAAUGCAUGAACGUUAUCAUAAAUUAAUUGAUGUACAUGGACAAUUACAAACACAAAAUAGUUUAUUAGAAGAACGAAUACUUUCUAUUGUUGAAAUAUAUUCAAAUGAAAAAUCUCAAUUAGAACAAGAAUUAAUUGAUGCUAAACAAGAAAUUAUUAAUUUAAAAGAUACAAUUAAUGAAUUAGAAAUUGAAAAACAACGAUAUAAAGAUGAUUGUAAUUUAGCUGUUAGACUUUUACAUCGACAUCCAAAUGAAUUUACUACAACAAAACCAGAUUUAAUACAAAAACAAUUACAAAAUAAAAACGAAUCUACACCUACAACUCCAACUGCAUCAUCUCAACAUAAUAUAGUAAUUCCUACUUUUCCACCAACAUUUGUUACGGCACUUCCAUUGCUCAAUACAACGAAUUCUUCAUCAUCAACUAUUACUCAAACAACACCAACUACAACAACAGCUGUUGAUAAUCUUCGUCUUGCUGAAGGUCUUUUUAAAUCGAAUACUGUUCAUCGUUAUCCAUCUACACAUUUUAUUUGUUCAAAUUGUCAUCAAACAAUCAAAUGUUGUGAUGUAAGCGUUCAAACAUCUUUCGAUGAUCAUGAUACAAUAUCUCGAAUGCGUAUUGUCUCACAUACAGCAUCCGAUGAUGAAAUUAAUGGUGAUACAGAUUGGGUUUCAUAUGAACCUCAUUGUACACAUAUGACAGUACAAGAAUAUCAAAUGGGUAAUACAAGAAAAGCAUUUCAUGACACAGGUUUACCAUCGAAUUCAAUUCCUCAAAUGCAUCAUGUAUGA